AUGAUGCGCAUCCUCCUCUCGUCCCUCGUCGUCGCCGUGACCGGGUUCUCGGUGAACCCCAACGAGUGCAACGGCGUCGUCUACCCGCCGCCCGAAGCCGAUGGCGGACCCGGUCUGCUCUGCGGCUUCACCUACACGCCGGGCAACGUCUGCUCCUACGGGUGCGACAUCGGCUGGGAUGGCCUCCCCGGCUGCAAGUGCGCCUCGUGCGGCUGCACCCUGGAGUGCUGCACCAACGAGCCGCCCGAGCCCACCCCGGAGCCGGAGCCGGUUCCGGACAACGAGUGCAACGGCGUAAUGUACCCCGCCAACCCGCAGGCUUGCUUCACCACGUACCUGGAGAACAACGUCUGCUCGCGCGGGUGCGACGACGCUUCGUGGGCCGGACUCCCGCCGUGCCGCUGCGCCUCGUGCGGCUGCACCAUGGAGUGCUGCUCCAACUAG